CAGAUCCCCCAAUCAAAAGCCCAACUAAAAUUUAUAUACAUAUUUAAAAGAGGGAGAAGUGCGUUGAUUGAUCAGAGAUAGGGGUGAUGGGGUAACUCAAUAACGCCACAGAUUACACUAGUUAUUAGUUAAGUCUGUAAUAAUGCUCAAAUUCCGGCCAAUUGCACCCAAACCCCCCGCCGGAGAAGGCGGUAUUUUGCAAGAGAAAAGUAAUAUUUCCACAAGAAAUGGAAGGGUGAAGAGAAAGUACGUUAGGGUUCAAGGACGGCGCAGGCAGAAUAAUAAUCAGUGCAAGAAAAGGAAAAACAUAUCUGAUCCAGCUAAAGAAUUAGGAAAUGAAGAUGGGCCAUCUGAAAACAGUAUGGUGACACUUCAACUAUUGCCAGAGAAUAACGAGAAUAUUUCGAGCCGAAAUUUUCUACACAAUCUUGAAGACGGCGAUGAAAAAACUCGAGACGAUGUGUUAGAUGAUAAGAUGGUGAGUUUUUGCCAGCAUCUGGGAGGUCGGAGAGAGAUGUUGGAUCAGUCAGAAGGUAAGAAAGUCGAACUCGUUGAAUCAAAAAAGAAUGUGACCAGGCCUCUUCCCGAAAAAUCACAAGGCCUUGAAUGGAAAAAUGAAUCUUGGGUUAUCAUAGAAUGUUUUACUGAUGCAAUCAUGGAAGGAUUAGGGUUAGGGUUUUCAGACGAAGAAAAGCUCACUAAUCUACAUAUAGAUAGAAAUCCAGGUUUCGUGUCCGACAAUUCCAACAAUGUAGUAUGGGUUAAUGAGGCCUACAAGAAGAUGGUAUUGGGUGAAGAAAAACAAGAAUUAGCAGCAGAAUUUAAGGUUUAUUUAGUGAUCAAAGAAAAAAAUAUACCCUAUUUCUGGUCAGAAUUUGCAUGCAGAGUGAGGGUUGAGUAUUAUUGGAAUGGACGUAAGUGUGCAAGAACAGUGCCUUGUGAUGUUUGGAAAAUGGAAUUUGGAGGUUUUGCAUGGAAAAUGGAUUUCAAAGCUGCACUAAGUUUAGGCCUUUAGAAGUUCAUUCAUGGUGAAUCCUUUUCACCAAUAUUUGGAAUACGUAUUGCAACCAAGCUUUAUGCCACAUUCAGUUGUCUCUUACUAAUUUACUUCUGUGA